AAAAGAAAAGAGGGCUAAAAACCUAGCAAUCCCCUCCUCGCCGUAGCUGUCGGACGAGGUAACCAUGGCCGCGGGGGGCACCGCCGACUUCUUCUACCGCGAGUCGCAGCGUCUGGGCUACGUCGCCCGCUCUGCGUUUAAGCUGAUCCAGAUGCAGAAGCAGCACAAGCUCAUCGCGCCGGGCGCCGCUGUACUCGACCUCGGCUGCGCCCCCGGCGCGUGGCUUCAGGUGGCUUGUCAGAACCUGGGUCCCCUCGAGAAGGGUGGCAUUGUCGUCGGCGUCGAUGUUAAGAAGGUGAAAGUGCCCUCUGCGCACUGUGACUCACGGGUCAGGACGGUCUGUGCAGAUGUCAUGACGCUGAUGAAGCGGCAGGCUCGGGCAAUGUCGCCACAGGAACGAGGAUUCUCUGUGAUACUGUCAGACAUGUGCCCCCCAGUUUCAGGGAUCACGACUAAAGAUGGAGCUAUAUCUUGUGAGUUGGGCAUGCGCGCUCUCUCGUUGGCAGUAGGGAAGAUAAAGUUAAAAGAUUCUAAUUACAGUGAUACCCUAGAGAAGUAUCUGAGCUCCACUGAGCCUGAGUCUGACGAGGAUGGCGUUCUUCGACGUGGAGGCAACCUGGUAGUGAAGUUUCUUGAGAAUGAGGACAUAUCAGGGUUUGGCAAAUUCUGCAAGGUGAAGUUCAAGAAAGUAUCGUUGUUGAGACCCAAGGCGACUCGACCUAGCUCGAGGGAGAUCUACAUGAUCUGCGAAGGUUUGCGGUAGAAAGGAGGGCUCUUCAGAAGGCAAGCGAAGACUCCAAGAAGCUAGGUCAGUUGAGUUGCCCUGAACUGGGCGCUGUUAGUUCUAGCUGCUGGUGCAGGUGCUGGCUGAUUGGCAAUGUGAUACAGCUGUUUGAUGCUGAUAGCCUCCCAGAGCAAGUUACCACAAAGCUUUGUGUGAUUGAACCAUGCUAGUAGUUCGUCUAGAUGUUACCUGUAAUAAUUUUGUUGAACUGUGAUACUAGUUCGUCUAGGAGAAACAAGCAUUUGACUUGAGCCCUUUCUGAGAACCUGAAACACCCUUGCUUUUUAUGUUGCA